GAGGCUAAGAAGAAAUGCACGAAUGCAUAUUACAACGAAGAUGUGAUGGGCUAUUUGAAUGCCAUGAGCGUCAUCCUAGAAGAUAACCCAUUAACUCCAGAACGUUUAUUAUCCUCAUUGCCUGAUAUUACGGAUUUGAGUCAGUAUAAUCAGUUGAAUCAAUAUUGUUCUUCUCUUCUGGAAGACGUUAGUGGAGAGAGUCAUGUAUCAAAGUCAUUCGAUAUGGCAUUGUUCCCAGAGAAAUGACGUUUUUACGUCAGGAGCAACGAAUGACUCUUCAUGGGACUCCUCGCCAGGCCUACAACCUCCAGGAGUCAUCCAGGCUAUACCGGUAAAUCGCGGUAUUCAGCAACAUAACCGUUUCAACAACCCACAAUAUGUGACACUUCAGGCGCUACAACAAGGAGCAGACUCGCCAUCAGCUCUUGUGAGGAUCAAGAAAGAGGAAGACGUAAUCGAGCCCAAGAUUGAAGUCAAGGAAGAGGGCGCAAGGUUAUAUGCAGACAUGGCUACGCAGACAGGAGCUAAUACAGCAAGUCAACCUGAAACCUUUAGCGGAGCCAUGAUGAUGAUGGUUAUGCCUUCAACUCUAGAUCAAACUAAACGGAUGAGUAAAGCCCGAGUGCCACUAGAUGCGGAAGCGCUCUUGGAAUCAGCACCGAACGCUCCAGAUAUGCCACUACUGGGGAUUGACAUCAAGGAGGCCGUCUCAGCUAAAGGGGCUGCUUCUAAAGAGGUUGAAGAAACAAGCCAGAGCGGUGAACAGCAGUCUAUUCAAGAAGCCGUAGGGUCUGAGGAUCGAGGACCUGGCUUAUCAAAGUUCGGAAGCUAUGUCCAAAAGGCACGUGCACGACAAGCUGCGGCCGCAGCCGCAGCCGCAUCAGCAUCAGCAACUAAUUCAACACUGGAUUCAGCAGCGACAAUCGAGUCACUUGACCCUAUGGAGGCCAUGACCCGUCAGUUCGAGCAAACUCGUCUAAGUGGCUCUGAUGAUAAUCAUAGCUCUCAUAAUGCACCAGCUACUGAUCUCGAUAACGAGGAUGAAGAGAGACGGCUCCGCGCUGCCAAGGCUCGAACUUUAUGCGCCCAGGAUCCAGUUCGUAGACAGCACGCCAAAGUUCUUUGGAAUCUCAUCAAGAGCUUCAAUUUCCUGAUGGCACAUCCAGAAAAGGUUGCUCAAUAUAGAGCAGCGCUCUCCAAGGGCAGUUCGAGCGGGGUGUAUCGCAAGACAAACGCACAGAGCCUUGAAUCUGGUAGAAGUUCGACACCUCACCGUGGAGAUGCAUCAUCAACAGCUGGAUCGACAAGUAUCGCGCCUCAUCGUCCAUCACCCCUGCACCAAGAGUAUAAGCUUGAUUUUGAUUAUAAUCGGCUGAGAUCGGCUUUGUUAGAUGAGGCAUCGUCCUACCACCCAUCUCCUCCCCCAGUAGCAUCACAGGCAAAACACACCAAGGACACAGGCUCAGAGACCGAGACUUACGAGCAAUCGAUAGAUUCUCCUGUUUUGUAUCCUACAUCUGAUUUGCAUCACUCCUCAGUUCCAUUCGAGCUUUCGGAGGAGGAGAGGCGAUUCAUUGAAGAAGACAAUGCCAGGACGGCAGCAGCGAAAGCAGCAGCAUCGAAUGAAGCCGAAACAGAAUCUGAUUCAGAAUACUGCAUUGUAUAAUGGAGAGUUAUGUAGCCAGAGGUUCUACAUAUAUUUUCUAUUCAUGUAUUUUUAGUAAAUUAAAUUAUACCAAAAGAUAAAUCCCA